UUCUCUUAAUUGUAUAUUUCUACUGGAUGAGAAUUUAUCAACUGGGAUCCCAGAAAUGAUUGGUCCCGCAUCAUUGAAAGCAAUUUUUGAAAAUAUAAGAAGCGAAUAUACUCCAUAUCAUUUGUCAGAUAAAGAUCAGAAAGAAGUCGAAGAGAAUAAUGAUGAUUUAGUUUUAGAAGUUUUUGAAUCAGUGUCCUCAGAUGUCUUGGAUCCGUUGACCCACAGAAAACGUAAAUUUGACCCCGUGCUUCAGGGAAGAAAAGCAGAUUUCUCUGCUUACACUCAAAUUAAAAGCAACAAAUACUACCUGUUGGUAUCUGAAAUAAAAUCCCCCAGGUAUAUGUCUUCAAAGAAAAUUAAUUUUUUGGAUUGCGAUUUAGUAAAAAUCGGAAAUGAAAUGAAGGAUAUGCUUGAUAAGUGCAUUAAAGAUGGUGUAAACAACAUUGAUUUGACUAUUUGUGGCAUACUUGUUGAAGUAUCAACUAUGCCAACAUCUCCAGUUUCUAAUAUUGACAUGUCAGAAUCUUUGGACUCGAAAACUGUGAAAAAGCUUUUGAAUCAAAAUCAAGAUAAAAACCUGGAUAAAUCACACAAGAAAAAAGGAACAGAGGAUAUCGUUCAAGUAAUAGCUAAUGGUAUUCGGGAUAAUAUCCUUUUAGAUGAGUCAGAGGUUCGAAGUUUGGCUUCUUCAAAUAAUGUGACUGAAAUUGCAUAUCAAAUUUGUUCUAUAACUCCAUUACUUGACUUGACACAAUUAUUUGAUAAAGCAACUAAUGCUGAACAUUAUGCUAUGAAAGCUAACCAGAAAGAAACCUUAUGCUGGAUUAGUUACGGGAAAGAAUUUGUAAUUCAAUACAAUGAUUUUAUAAAAAAUAGUAAUGAAAAAAUGGGCAAGAAAAAAGCUAAAG